AUACCAAAUAAGUAACAACAACCAUCAUGGCCGCCAGGGCCGUUGGAGCUACAGUGCGAGCGGUUAGUAAAAAGCGAAUGAUUCCAACAAGAGCUCCUCUUGUUUUGACACAAGCUGCUGUUAAUAAAAUCAAAGAGUUGACACAAGAACAACCAGAUGUGCUUGGACUGAAGAUUGGUGUAAAAACAAGAGGAUGCAAUGGUCUAUCUUAUACUUUGGACUAUGUGAAGGAGAAGGCCAAAUUUGAUGAAGAAGUUAUUCAAGAUGGUGUACGGGUACUGAUUGACUCUAAGGCACAGCUGACUUUACUAGGUACAGAAAUGGACUAUGAGGUCACUAAACUAGAAUCGGGGUUUGUGUUUAACAAUCCCAACAUCAAAGGAACAUGUGGCUGUGGAGAAAGUUUCAGUGUAUGACCGUGAGUUUAGGGCUGCUGCAGGCUUACAAGUGAUUUAGUGUGGACGAUAAAGGCUUUACCCAACCUGGUCUGAUAACCAAUUGAUAUUGGACAUUUAAUAUUUGAUCCGUCAAAUUAUUCUCAUUAUAAAUACGAAUAUGUGAUUAGAGUUUCUCAGCUGAUAAUUAUUUGAUGUAAUGUGUAAAUGUUCCCGGUACUUUGUGUACAUGUAUUUACUAAUAAAACCAUUUUAGUGUUUCUUCAUUGCCGAAAAAAAACAUAAGUACGAAACUUUCAAAGCUCAAUAAAUCAACAUCUGUUGUUUUUUUUUGUUUUUUUUUGUCCUAAUUUGUCAAAAGAAUAAUGACUCAAUUUUGUCAUUUUUACUUUAUUUUUAUACACGUUUCAGAAUUAAAAGUUUUGUAGUUUUAUACAGAACUUAUUCAUGGUUCAAUGUAAUUGCUAUCAUGUUUUAUAAUCUACAAUAUCAAAUUUUACUAUUUAUCCCCUCGUGGCAAAGCUGGUUCGGAUUUUGAUCAAACUUCAAAUAACUGUCAAGUAUCUAUGAGAAUACCUCAACUAAUUUGUGUUUCACUCGAGCUCUGACAAGGCCAAGAUCAAGGUCACUGUUAGUUUUUGUGGUAAGGAAAAUCUUUUGUUUCUCCUCAUGAAGACGCUUAAUUUUCAAACAAAUUUAAACAAACUGUAUACUGACCUAAUGAGAACCUAGCAGGAUAUUUAGGGGUUAUAGGAGGGAAUUUUUAUUGCCUUCAAUGCCUUGUUAAUUUGUGCUGUUAUUCAUUUGACCAUGAAUGCAGUGAAGCUAUGUCUUGGCAAAUAAAGGUAACAAUUAUACAUUUACAUUAUAAAUUUUGAUUAUCAAAGUUUUGUUGCCAGUCACCAUAAUCCAGAAUACAAGGAGUAUUUCUGGCUUGCCAAACUUUUACAUCAUUAUUUCAACACAAAAAAAUGCUUGACUUGUAAACAAAAAGCUGGUGGGGAAAGUCAACAACAAAACUACAAUAACAGUGUAAAGACUACAUUUGAAAGCUAUAUAGGUGUGUUAUUACGGCCUGCUAUAUGUUACUGGUGUACAUAAAAGCAAUAGUUUCAACACUUCCAUGUUCUGUAAUCCAUUACACUGAAGAUACAAAAAUACUUUAAAUAUUCUGCUGUGUACUGUUGUAAAAAGAGAAUUCAAUAGCUUUGUAGUAAUAAUAUGCAAUUGCAUAAUGCUCUUUGUCAAUGUCAUCAGGUUUUCAUGUGAAUCCAUUUGCUAUACUAGGGUGUAUUUUCUGUGUGUAUGUGUGAGAAUGUUUGGUAUACAUGGACAUAGUGCGAGUAAAAUGAACAUUUCUUAAGGCAUCUUUGAUUUAUUGUGAUAUUAUUUCAGCGUUUAACUUAUACAAUAAAAUGCAAUUUGUGAAGAA